CAAAUUUAAGUGCAAAUUCCAUGUCUUUUAACCGUGAAGGCUUUGCGUCCAAUUGCAAAAUUAAUUGAAUUCUUUCACUCUGCAUCUUUUGGAGAUCGAUGAUGAAUUUAGGUCUUUGUCGUUCACACCAAUCUGUGUUCUGCUUGUAAUUAUAAAUGAUGUCACGGCGUAUGUUGCUUGUUUUUUUUAUGCUCAUACUUAUAAUCACCUCUCAAUUUGAGUGGAAGCAACAACUUGUGGUUGAUGUUGACUCAAAUUCCAGCAUAUCUCAAAAGCAGAAACGGAUUUCAAAAGGGGUAGAAACCGUAAAGGAGAAGAUUAUAUUAGUGCAAGAGAAAAAUAUUCGAAGAUUGAAUGAGCUUGUGCAGCAUCUCCAGGAACAACUGCAGCAGUGUAGAAACAGUAGUGUUACAACUAAUGGCAGUGUAAGCCCGCUAGCCGAGCAUAUACUUGAGCUUGAGCAACAUCAAAUUUUAGAGGAUUAAGUAGAGACAGCAAGUAUGUUCAUGGCACGUUCAUCUUUAUGUUCAAGUUGUAAAGUUAUUUUCUUAGUUCUUUGAAAGGAAAUAUUGUAAAAGAUUUGCUUCCCCGUGUAAAUUACCAUUAUUAUUUCCAUUUCAAUGCAACUCCUACAUCAAUGGAAAUUGCAAGGUGUUU